AUGGACGCAGUUACCCUCUCCACUCCACUCUCUCAGCAUUCACCUCUAUUCAACCAAUUCCACUCUCUCUCUAAGCGGCCACACACAUUCUCUUUCCAACCACCCAGAAAACUCCCAACGUUACCCCUCAAAUACUCCCUUAAUUCUCACCUACCCACUUAUUCAACUCAAAAUUCAAGUGCUCAAUCUGGGGACUCGCUUUUGCUCCACCUCUCUGCGUCGGCACCGCAGACUCCUGCCACCGCAAUCCGCGGCGCCGAGACUGACGCCAUGGGUUUGUUGCUCAAGGAGAGGAUUGUUUUCUUGGGAAAUCAGAUUGAUGAUUUUCUUGCUGAUGCUAUUAUCAGCCAGCUGCUCUUGCUUGAUGCCCAGGACCCCACUAAGGACAUUCGACUUUUCGUCAAUUCCCCCGGUGGCUCCCUCAGUGCUACAAUGGCCAUCUUUGAUGUUGUACGACUUGUUAGAGCUGACGUCUCCACAAUUGCCCUAGGCAUUUCAGCAUCAACAGCUUCCUUAAUCCUUGGUAGUGGCACCAAAGGCAAACGCUUUGCAAUGCCUAAUGCUCGAAUUAUGAUACAUCAGCCAAUGGGGGGUGCAAGUGGGCAAGCAAUAGAUGUCGAAAUUCAAGCCCGAGAAGUAAUGCAUAACAAAAAAAAUGUCACUAGAAUUAUAUCCGAUUUCACUGGUCGCUCAUUUGAACAAGUCGAAAAAGAUAUUGAUAGGGAUCGUUACAUGUCCCCUAUUGAAGCAGUUGAAUACGGCAUAAUUGAUGGGGUUAUUGAUAGAGAUAGCAUUAUUCCACUUGUGCCUGUUCCUGAAAAGGUCAAGGCUUCUACAUUUAAUUAUGAGGAGAUCAGCAAAGACCCUAAGAAGUUUUUGACACCAGAAAUUCCUGACGAUGAGAUAUAUUAG